AUGUCGGCCCCCGCUCCCAGUCGGCCUCUGUCAAGUGUGGAGGGUUUCCUCUGCGGCGGUCUCGCUGCUUGCGUCGCGGUUACCGUCUCCAACCCGGCGGAAGUUGCAAAGACGCGUAUGCAGCUGCAAGGAGAGCUUGCGAAGAAGGGCGCCCCGAAGGUGUACAAGAACGCGCUAGACGUCAUUGCGAAGACUUUCCAGAACGAGGGCAUUCGAGGUGUCCAGAGAGGACUGGGUCCUGCUUACGUUUAUCAAAUCCUAAUGAAUGGGUCGCGUCUUGGUUUCUAUGAGCCGAUUCGGAGACGUGUGAACCGAUUCAUCGGUGCCAACCCGACCGACCAAAUCCCUCUAACCUCGGUGUUCUCUGGUGCAAUGAGCGGGGUGAUCGGAGCGUCCGUUGGUAACCCUUUCUUCCUCAUCAAGGCGCGCAUGCAGGCGUAUUCCCCGGUCCUGCCUGUGGGAGCCCAGCAUUAUUAUAAGAACUCUUGGGACGCUCUGAAAAGCAUCUGGGCCGCUGAAAGGUUCCGCGGACUAGUACGCGGGAUAGAUGCGGCCGCGCUCCGGACAGCCAUGGGCUCAUCUGUGCAGCUUCCGACAUACAACUGGACGAAGAACCAGCUUAUUUCCAGAGGAGUCGCGAACCCUGACAGCAUCUGGACCUUCUUGGCUAGCAGCACGGUUUCAGGUCUCUGUGUCCUUAUAAUGAUGCAGCCCACCGAUACGGUACUGACUCGAAUGUAUAAUCAACCUACUGUCGCAAUGCCCGAUGGUCGCCACGUCGGCACUCUCUACAAGAAUCCCCUAGAUUGUUUGUGGAAAACGCUCAAGACAGAAGGACCGCUCGGAUGGUACAAGGGUUCCACUGCCCACUUGUUGAGGAUAGUGCCUCAUACGAUCGUAACCCUCACUGCAAACGAUUUGAUUGUCGGGCUGUACAAGCGGGUUCGUGAUGGUAGUCUAUGA